GUAGACACACAAAACUGAAGUUACGCUAAACCGUUAAAUCAGUUUCUUGCAACAUCAAUUCAUGGCAGCAAAACAAGAUCCUCUCUGUACUGCAAAUCAAUGGAGGAAUUCUGAGAAAGCGAGAAACCUUCAAAAUGCCGGCGAAUCAUUCUUAUAUAUGUCGGACGAGAUACAGCGAAAAUCUAUUCGGCGUUUUCUAUGGCCAAAAUCCGUUAAAAGCCUCUUUUCCCCUAAUUAUGGUGGAGCUAACGUUUCUCAUCAUUGUCUCUCGCGUCGUCCGCCUCCUCCUGAAGCCAUUCGGGCAGCCAAAGAUCAUCUCGGAGAUCAUUGGCGGAAUUAUACUUGGUCCAUCUGUGUUAUGCCGUAAUGAAAAGUUUCGAAUGUAUAUGUUCCCUGAUAAUGGGUAUUAUGUGAUUAAGAAUAUGGGAAUAGUAGGAUUCAUGUUUUAUCUCUUUAUAUCUGGUGUGAAAAUGGACAUAUUUGCAGUGCGUAAAGCGGAUAAAAAGCAUUGGUACAUUGCCCUAUUUGGGGUGAUGGUGCCACUUUGUUGUGGCGUAGCUGUUGCAUUUUAUUGGAGGAAGUCUCUGACUCCCGAGCUGGUGAAAGCUUCUGCGGUUAUGGGGAUAACCUCAUCUUUGGCUAUGACAGCCUUUCCCGUUCUGUAUCCGAUCAUGAAGGAGCUCAACUUACUCAGCUCUGAAAUUGGGAGGGUAGCGCUAUCCAUUGCAGUGAUCGGUGAUGUGAUAGGAAUGAAUGGUGUAGUUAUAUUCGAGGCCUCCAAGCAAGGUGAAAACCAGCCUAUAGCUGCUUUAUGGUACAUCAUCUCGUUGGCUGUGGUUCAAGCGUCUAUAUUUGGCGGUGUGAGACAGUUCAUGAUAUGGAUUAUUAGGACAACCCCUGUAGGGAAGCCGGUGGAUCAGGUUUAUGUGGUUGGCAUAUUGCUGGGUGUUUUUGUUGUUGCUUUUGUUGCUGACGCGCUGGGGCUUGCUAUUGCCAAUGGGCCGUUGUGGCUUGGCUUGGCCGUGCCUGAUGGCCCCCCGUUAGGAGCCAUUCUAGUGGAGAAAAGCGAAACCAUAUUGACCAACAUUUUCAUGCCAUUUUCUUACAUGUAUGUAGGCAUGGUAACAGAUCUUUCGUCCAUGAGCGGCAAUUGGGAUUAUCUGCGGCCGCUGCUUUAUGUGGUCUUGACUGGAUACAUCAUGAAAAUGGUGUCCACUCUUGCCAUUGCCCGUUUCUUGGACUUGACCAUUAGAGAUAGCCUCACUCUGAGCCUGAUAAUGAGUUUGAGGGGUGAAGUCGAGUUUUUAUUGUUUAUCCAUUGGAUGGAUUUCAAGAUUCUGCAAGUCCCAGAAUUCACAAUGCUGGUCCUGUUGACAGUAGCUGUGACUGUUAUAGCUGCACCCUUGAUCAGGAUACUCCAUGAUCCCGCGAGGCCAUAUAUGCUGAACACGAGGCGCACAAUACAACACACUUUGCCUAACACUGAACUCCAUCUUGUAACGUGCAUCGAUGAGGAAGAGAAUCUGUAUGGAGUGAUGAAUUUACUAGAGCUUCUUAAUCCAACUGCUAGCACCCCUAUUGCUGUCCAUACUUUACGCCUAAUUGAGCUCGUUGGUCGUGCCAACCCAGUGUUCAUCGACCACGAAAGUGAAGAGGAAAAUGGAGCAGAAGGAUGCAGAUUCAGUUCAAUUCAUAAUGCUCUAAAGAUUUAUGGAGAAGCUAAAGGUGACUACAUAACAAUGCAUUCUUAUACAGCAAUCAGUCCUAAGAGAAGCAUGCAUCAAGACGUCUGUGAGCUAGCUCUUACUAAGCAUGCGAGUUUGAUCAUUAUACCGGUUCCCCGUGUAAUAAUUGAUCACACGAUAGGAACGCCGGUAAGGAAGUCAACCUCUCAAUCACUGAGUUUUAACGUGUUGAAACACGCGCCUUGCUCGGUAGGAGUUCUAGUGAGCAAGAAGGAGUACCCAAAUCGUGUUUCUGGUGUUUUGAGAAGCUCAAUGCAUCACUUUAUCCUUCUAUUCUUGGGGGGAGCAGAUUGUAGAGAGGCGCUUUCUUAUGCAGACCGUGCUGCUGCUAGAUGUCCGGAUAUAUCCCUCACUGUCGUUAGAUUUCUCUCGCACGAAGAUGAGGGAGACAUCGAAGUGGAGAAGAAGCUUGAUGAUCAAUUGGUGACGUCGUUUUGGGUUAAAUACGAAGCAAAUGAGCAUGUCGUCUAUCGAGAGGCAGUGGUGAAAAACGGGGAGGAAACUAUGGCUGUUAUUCAUGCAAUGAAUGACGUGUGCUAUGAUCUUUGGAUCGUGGGGAGAAACCAUGUAAAUCCUGUUCUCAUUCAUGGACUAUCGAAUUGGACUGAAAUCGGUGAGUUGGGAGUUAUUGGAGAGUACAUUGCCUCCUCGGAUUUUAGCAGUAACGCUUCAGUUUUGGUGGUGCAACAGCAAAUAUUAAGAGGCCAAAGAAAGAAUUCAGGUAGUCUAGUUGGACGAUUCUUGUUAAAUCAAAAUUGGAAGAAGUUAGUGCAUAUGUAGCCCUUAAUUGCAGUGUUAAUUAGGCCUUAGGAAAUUACUUACACUAAUUUAAGUAGUGAAUAUGUGAAACUUUUUGAUCUACUUGGUUAAGGGAUGCUGUAAAUAGAUGUCAUUUUCUUCAUGUAAUACCAAUUCCAACUUGUGGCAAGAAAAGUUCACUAAGUUACUGCACAUUGUUUGGAAUAUGUUUGGUUGUUCCUUUUUUUGCAGUGACUCGACUUAGUAGAAACCUCGAGAUGAUAUGUAAAUGAAACAACGAAGGUAAGCAUGUCAAUUUCUCCCUGUCUUCACAUACUAACUUAGCAAUUUCUUGAGUUGGUUAUGUCAACAGAGUAGAUGUAGCAGAAUGGAUGUGAGUGCAAGAAACUCGAAGAUUUAGGUGGAGGAGCAUCGACAGACUGCUUCUACCCCGCCCCAUUUUCGACCAAGAAUAACGUGGCCAAAUCCCAUCUGAGAUGAGAGUUAAUGGAGUAAACAGAAACUACAUAGAUGUGGUAAGUUGCAGAGACUAUGAGCUGCAUUUUUUGCAGCAAAACGAAUCACGGUCACGUUGAUAGUGUUGCAGAGAGGUGGGUCGACAGAGUUAUAUCUUGAAUAUCUCUGCCGGGGUUGAAAUGUAGGGGAUGGUCCUCGGUUAAGACAGUGGUAUAUGUACAUUUGAGCCUACUUGAGCUUCUACGGCUUAGUCUAGCGUUGUGGUUGAUAAUGAUCCCGACUCAUGUUGGUCUGUGUGGUCGAAUGGUUGGAAAAUAUGAAAGUGAAAAUGCCAUGUUGAUUUUGGUAA